AAGCGAGCUGCAAUCUGGCAUCGCAUCGCAUCGCACUAGAGCCAUGAAAUGCAUGACCACCAACAAAUUAAAGAAAAGCCUGACAUCUUCAGAAGCAGCCGGAGCCGAUAUAUAUGGCCGCCGUAUACUAGCUAGCUCAGACCAACUCCAGUCAGGUAGCGCGGCAGCCGGCGAUGACGCUCGUGGCCGGCAGCGUUGGCGGGCCGCGGCGCCGGCGGGGUACCAAGAGAGCCCCGGACGACAAGGCCAAGGAUGCCCGCCUCAUUGCAGAAAAAGAAGGAAGAAGAAAGAAACAAGCAGCAGUACAUCACUUGUAACAUCAGUGCCCGAUUUCGACGGGUACCAAUGGAGGAAGUACGGCCAGAAGCAAAUCGAGGGUACCGUGUAUCCCAGGAGCUACUACAAGUGCAAACGGAGCGCAGAGCAAGGCUGCCCCGCCAAACGGACGGUGCAGCGCGACGACGACGACGACGGUAAUGGAGUCCCAAAGUACACUGUGGUGUACACGGCGGAGCACGCCUGCAGGGCCAACGAUUCCCUGGAGGCGCCGGUCAUCCUCGAGACAACCGCCGUCCCUGCUAGUGCUACCACCACCAAGCAGAGACCUGAAGAUGACGACGAGAGUCUUGCAGCGGCAGCAAUAUUCCUGCCGGCGGCUCGUCGUGAUCACGCGGUCGACGCUCCUGCGGUUGGCUCGAGUCCUACUACCACCACUGCCGCUACCGGGACUGAAUCUCCGGCCAUCUCGGACAUGACGUGGAGCAGCAGUGCUAGCGAGCGCGUCGAUGACUACUGCGGGCUGUUCGCCGUCCAUGACAGCUGGGCCCCGACACCGGCUGCGUCGUCGUUGCUCCAGGAGAUUGAGGACUUCACCGGACCAAUCCGGUCGCCGGUGCACAUCGCCGCGGAUGGUUGGACGAUUGACCAAUACCUACAGCUCGUUAAUGAGCCUAGCAACCAUUUCUCAGCUGGUUUCUCUAUCUAGGUAGCUACCUACUCCAUCUCGCUAGAUGAUGACGAUCAAUCGAGUACGUUCUCAGUAUGGAGUACUGUACUGCUGCCUCUACCAGCUCAUACCUCAGUGCACUGCCAGCUGCUACUCAAUGUCUCGAUCUCCUCCUCCUCGUCGUCGUCGUCGGCAUUAACUAAUGACCCCUACCGCCGCUUGUUAGCACGCAUGAUAAUACAAAAUGGAAUCCAAGGCUCGCGUCCCGUCAACUUUAAUUCCAUGGCAUGAUUUUGUCCAUGGCAUCACCCCCGUGACAUCACUCGCUUACCGUCUGCAGCUUACAACAGCUAGCUAGCUACCUCUUGCAACCAAGCUGAUGCAUGCUACUCUCUCUCAUCAGUCAUGACACUAGUCUAUAUAUGACAGUGAUCUCUACACUCUAGAUGACAGUCAUCUUUCCUGUUUUCCUCCCGAAAGACUUUUUUUUUCUUCUGUUGCGAGAUCCUUCUUCCGGUUUAUCAUGCGCGCAGGCGCCCAAUAUUCUUGAUUUCCUCACGAGAUGCUAUUUUUUUUUGGGUUGCCAGAUCCUUCUUCCGGUUCCUCCCGCGCGUGGACGUGCUUGGUACCUCGUUCGGGGUCGGACCUGUGGGGGGUGUUUUUUUUUUUUCCAAGUUGCGGGAGAGUUCUUCCCAUUUAUUCCGCGCUUAGACGUGGUUGGUCGCUCUUGCGUAGUCGGACUGGGGGCGUCGGCGUGUGGAGGCACUAUAAUAUGAAAAUUAGUCUGUAUUAUUGAGUACAUACCCCUACUAUAAUA